AGGCGGCGCCACACAAAGUUACGCAAGGUUUUCUUCUCUCAUCUUCAGUAUGAAAUUCCUGGUGCUGUUGGCGCUGGUGGGCGUGGCAUCUUGUCGCACCUCCCUCAUUGGGGCGGAUCGAGCCAGGGACGUCGACCUCAAGUACACUUACGUUAACAACGAAGGAAAGGAAGUGCGAGUCAAGGUCGAGGCCGGCCGCCUGGGCUUGUCCCUCCAAAGGCAACCUGACUCGGAGCUGGACGUCGAGAAGGAGGUCAUUUCCGACGGCGAGGAAGCUUCUGGCGAUGCCACGGACGCUCGGCGGGUGGCCGCCGCUCCUGCUUCGAAAGCCGCGGCGCGACCACUCUUGGCUCCGACCACCACGUCUGUCGUCCGACCCCGCAUUGCUCUGGCCGAUACCGCCCCUCAAACUCGCCUUGUCCAAGCUGCUCCUCGGAGACAAGUGGAAACUCGCUUCGUUCAAGUGGGAGCCGUUCCUGCUCCUCAGUCUGAGGUGGAGACACGCUUCGUUCAGGUUCCUGCUCCACAGCCUCAAGUGGAGACGCGUUUCGUCCAAGUAGAGGCUGUUCCUCCUCCUCGCCGCGAGGUGGAAACGCGCUUCGUCCAAGUGGAGGCCGUUCCUGCUCCUCGCCGCGAGGUGGAAACGCGUUUCGUCCACGUCCCCGUGUCUCAGCCCGAAGUGGAAACCCGUUUCGUCCAAGUAGAGGCUGUCUCUGAACCUUACGAAGUGGAAACGCGUUUCGUCCAAGUGGAGGCCGUUCCUGCUCCUCGCCGCGAAGUGGAAACGCGUUUCGUCCACGUUCCCGUUUCUCAGCCCGAAGUAGAAACGCGUUUCGUCCAAGUAGAAGCCAUUCCUGCUCCUCGCCGCGAGCUGGAAAGUCGUUUCAUUCAGGUCGGGGCUGCUUCUCGACCCGCCGUGGAAACUGGCUUCGUCCACGCCGGCGCCGCCCCGCUGACUCGCCUGCUGGAGCGAGACGACUUCCCGUUCCCCGCCGGCCUCUCCACCGGGCACCGCGCUCGGCGCCCCGCCCUCCAAGGCCGCUUCUCCCACUCGUCCGCCGACAACAGCGCCGAGAAAUGAGCGCAGAGAAAUACCCUUCAAGUUCCAGGAAGCCUUUGUCCUGAUGUAUAAGGCUAUAUCAGGCUUAUUUGCACAUGUCUCAUGGGUUUGUAAAGGGACAGAAGAUAAAAGGUUUACCAUUUUCUAGA